UGAAGCGAAGAAGGUGAUCAGGUUUGCGUUACAGGGGAAAAUGAAGUCGACGACGUCGUUUUUAUGCAACAAAUACUGGGUUCUGAGGCAUGGCAAGAGCAUUCCAAAUGAAAAAUGCCUCAUUGUUUCCUCUAUGGAAAAUGGUACGUGCCCAGAGUAUGAAUUGGCGUCCAAAGGCGUAAACCAGGCACUAUUGGCUGGACAGUUGUUCCUAAAGCAACUGAAGGAAAAUAAUAUUCCAGUUGAGGAUGUGCGCAUUUGUUACUCUCCAUUUUCAAGAACAACUCACACUGCUAGAGUUGUUGCAUCCGUUCUCAACAUUCCGUUUGAAGGCCCUCAAUGUAAGGUCAUAGAAGAUCUUAGGGAGCGAUACUUUGGUCCUUCAUUUGAACUUAUGUCACACGACAGGUAUCUGGAGAUCUGGGCUCUUGAUGAGAAGGACCCAUUCAUGAGGGCAGAAGAAGGUGGAGAGAGUGUUGAUGAUGUUGUGUCUAGACUCACAAGGGCUAUGGCAGCAAUGGAAGCUCAGUUUCAGGGGUGCACUAUAUUGGUUGUUAGCCAUGGUGAUCCACUUCAAAUCCUGCAGACAAUACUAAAUGCUGUUCAGCAACAAACAGAAACAGGACCCAUAUGGAAUGACUUGGAAUCAAAAAUUCAAGCAGUUAGAAUCUCUCCCAUAUUGUCACAGCACCGGAACUUUGCAUUACUGACUGGAGAGCUCAGGGCAGUCAUAUGAAACUAAGCUGGCUCGCAUGAAUAAAAAUCCCAAAACUGCUUAUUAAAAACUUAUUGAGUUUCGCAUACUAGAUUUUUCC